UUAUUAAACCUUCUCGCUCAGUCGCGGAUAAUUGAAUUGAAAUAAAUCGAAGCUUCUCGCUCAGUCGCAAUUUCUUGGAUUCGUUGGGGCGACGACGCCAUUCUUCAAUCUUCGUUGAAUCUUCGCUGAUGCCUGUAGCGGAAGAGCGGGAAUGCUGCACGAACUCCUCCUCGCGCUUCUCGGCUUCACAGGCGACUUCGUCAUCGACGAGCGGGAGCAGGCAGAAACCCUAGGUCUGGAUUCGCACCACCAGUUCCCGGAGGAGCCCACCUUCAAACUCGCCCCAGAUCUAUCCUUCCUCCACCCCUCCGAAAGGAGCCUUAUUGAAAGGCUUGUAUCGUUAGGUUUCUACUAUAAGGAACUUGAUCAAUUUGCCACCAAAUCACGGAAUUUAAGUUUUAUACAUUCAGCAAAAAGUUUCUCUUUAUCUCAAGACCUUGAAGUUCAGAAAGACAAAGUGAGAAAAGGAAGUGCAUAUCGAAGGGCCGUUGCUAAUGGCCUUGUGGAGAUUUUAUCAGUUUAUAGAGCUGCCGUCCUUCAGAUUGAGCAGAAUUUGCUCUCUGAUCCACUGCCUAUUUUGGCAACUGUGACCCAAGGCCUGAAUAAGUUUGAGGUUCUUUUACCUCCUCUGUACGAACUCAUUGUGGAAAUUGAACGCGAAGACAUACGAGGAGGACAACUACUCAAUCUUUUGCACAAGCGUUGCCAUUGUGGUGUUCCUGAAUUGCAAGCAUGCAUUCAAAGGCUUCUGUGGCAUGGUCAUCAGGUUAUGUACAACCAACUUGCGUCUUGGAUGGUAUAUGGUAUCCUUCAAGAUCAGCAUGGGGAAUUUUUCAUCCAGAGACAAGAUGGAAGGAGUGACGAUAGUGAGUUAUCUCAUUCUGAACAAAUCAAAAAGUUUAUGGAGAAAUCAGCUGAUGACACAACUCUAACGGAUUGGCACUCAGGAUUUCAUAUAUCUUUGGAAAUGCUACCUGAGUAUAUACACAUGCGUGUUGCUGAAUCUAUUCUUUUUGCUGGUAAAGCUGUUAGGGUUCUAAGAAACCCAACUACUAACUUUAGACUACAAGAAUCCUUUAUGCGCCAAUUGGUUCUAAAAGGAUCUUCUAGAGUUCAAAGUUAUAUCGAAACUUUUAGUUCCCAAAGGGAAGUAUCUCCAGCUAUGAAUUUGAUUGCUGAAGAUCUGCUUCCACAAUCUGAGGCUGACAAAAUUGAUGCAAUGCUUAAAGAGCUAAAGAAAUCAUCUGAGUUCCAGAAAAGGUUGUUUGAAUCUGCUGUAGGUUCAAUUCGCAUAAUUGCAGCUAAUCAUCUUUGGCAGCUUGUAGUCGUGCGUGCUGAUCUAAAUGGACACCUGAAAGCUCUGAAAGAUUACUUUUUAUUAGCAAAAGGUGAUUUCUUCCAGUGUUUUCUUGAAGAGAGCCGCCAAUUGAUGCGCCUACCUCCUCGUCAAUCUACUGCUGAAGCAGAUUUGAUGGUCCCUUUCCAGUUGGCUGCACUAAAGACUGUGGGGGAUGAAGACAAAUACUUUUCAAGAGUAUCACUAAGAAUGCCUUCAUUUGGAAUUAACGUGUCUACAUCUCAAGUUGAUUUAAAGACAAAGAGUGCUGCUAUGACAAUUCCUUCACAAGGCAAGACUUCAUCUGAGUCCUCGGUGGAUGGCUGGGAUGGUAUUGCUCUUGAAUAUUCUGUUGAUUGGCCAUUGCAGCUAUUUUUUACUCAAGAGGUCAUCUCUAAGUACCGUAAGGUUUUCCAAUACUUAAUCAGACUAAAGAGAACACAAAUGGAAUUAGAGAAAUCAUGGGCUGCAGUCAUGCAUCAAGAUCACAUUGACUUUGCUAAGAAUAGGAGGGAUAGAAAAAAUAAUUUCAUACCUCUACAUCGUCGGCAACGAUCAACACCUAUGUGGAGAGUCAGGGAGCACAUGAUUUUCUUGAUUAGGAAUCUGCAAUUUUAUAUCCAGGUAGAUGUGAUCGAGUCUCAGUGGAAUCUUUUACAAGCUCAUUUGCAAGAUUCUCAUGAUUUUACUGAAUUAGUGGGCUUUCAUCAAGAGUACUUGGCAGCUUUAAUUUCACAGUCCUUUCUGGAUAUUGGAUCUGUCUCUAGAAUUCUGGACAGCAUUAUGAAACUUUGCCUGCAGUUUUGCUGGAGCAUCGAGCAGUAUGAAGGCAACGCAAAUAUGUCUGAAUUGGAGCAUAUAGCUGAGGAGUUCAAUAAGAAAUCCAACUCUCUCUAUACAAUAUUGCGUAGCAGCCGGCUUGCUGGAAGCCAACGAGCACCAUUUCUGCGACAAUUCCUCAUGCGCUUGAACUUCAAUUCUUUCUUCGAGCAAACUGCCCGAGGCGUGUUGAAUGUUGUGAGGGCACGACCGACCCUGCCUCUUCAGCAGGAAUAAGAGCAAUGCCGAAUGCCGAAUCCAGAAGGUAAAUGCUGAUGAACAUCCACUCUCUCUCUCUCUCAUGGUGAAUUGACAUCAACGGCAGUGUAUGAAUGAAAAUUUAAGAAAAAAAAGGUCGGUAAUUGUUUUGUAUCAAUCAUUUCCUUAUCACCGAAAGGAUGAGAUUUGCUUGCCGAACUUGACAUAUGCAUGCACUGGAGGAAGUCGGUUGGCGACCAGCAAUGUGCACAAGUGCCAGCUAUUUUUUUUUUUUUGUUUUUUUAUCGUGAUGGUGGAAUAUUUAAUCUCAGGCUAAAUAUAACGCUAUCUUGUCUGACGGUGCAUAUUUGUUUUAUUAGUCUUCAAUUGUUCA